AUGGUGCUGGAAUCUACUUAUUUUGCUUUCGACAAUCAAUUUUACAAACAGACAUUUGGAACUCCGAUGGGUUCACCGUUGUCUCCUAUUGUAGCCAAUUUGGUUAUGGCGGAAUUGGAGAGUCGUGUGUUGGGGGAAAUUCACUUUCGGGUGCCAUUUUACUAUAGAUAUGUUGAUGACGUUGUACUUUGUAUUCCUAACGAAGAAGUGGAUACUAUUCUUGAGAAAUUUAAUGCAUUCCAUCCUAGAUUACAAUUCACUUUGGAAGUGGGAGGCAACUCGAUAAAUUUUUUGGAUACGACCAUCAUACUAAGGAAUGGGAUCAAUUGUUGCGACUACGAUGCUUCUUAUGUCGGCCAGACGGGUAGAAAACUAAAAACUAGGAUCUCGGAGCAUAAGAAGCAUAUUAACAGCACAACGUCGUCAAAAUCGGUUAUUACAGACCAUAGGUUGCAGUGCGAACAUGAUUUCGAUUGGGAGAACAUUGAGGUUCUGGAUACUGAGGGAUUCUAUAAUAAGCGUCUAGUGUCAGAAAUGAUACAUAUAAAAAGACAAAAAAAUGGGCUAAAUUUGCAAAACGAUACCGUAGCUUUAAAUCAGGUUUACAUGGAAUUAAUUGACAAACUAUAA